UCUUAUUUUUCUCAAUUACAGCAAUUUUGUCACGUAAAAACAGCAAAGAAAGAUGUUAAGAGUAUUGUUCGUCACCAUUUUGAGCGUGUUUUUCACUUCCAUACUUUCAAAGUCAGUUCCUGUCUUCACUUAUUCGGCUUCAGUUGAUGAUAAUUCCGAAGUCGAGCAAUUGUUUUCAAAGAUUCUAAAGGAGCCCGUCUCAUUCCAUGAUGAAGGGAAAAAGGAAGCAAGACCGUGGUUUACUGGUGAUGUUGGUGCAGGCUCAGUUAACAAACGUCACAGACCCGUGAAAAGCGAGGAAGAAAUACCACAAAAGAAGGAAGAAAAGCCGUGUUAUGGUGAUGUUGGCGAAGGAUGCGUUGACAAACGCCACAGACCCGUGAAGACUGAGCAAGAAAUACCAGAGAAGAAGGAAGAAAAGCCGUGUUAUGGUGAUGUUGGCGAAGGAUGCGUUGACAAACGCCACAGACCCGUGAAGACUGAGCAAGAAAUACCAGAGAAGAAGGAAGAAAAGCCGUGUUAUGGUGAUGUUGGCGAAGGAUGCGUUGACAAACGCCACAGACCCGUGAAGACUGAGCAAGAAAUACCAGAGAAGAAGGAAGAAAAGCCGUGUUAUGGUGAUGUUGGNACGACGCGUAGCGAUUUGCCAUAA